AUGGUUAGUUUACGGGAACAACUUUAUAGGCUGGUAGCGUUUCAUGGCACUUUUAUAGACACGCCGGUGCUGGGCCAGUUGCGCGUGAGGGAGGAAUGCACGGUUGUGGUGCAUAUGACUGAUGAUGGAUGUGGAACAAUUGUGCUGAUCAGGGACCACUGCGAGCCCAUGGAUGCUGUCCGCGAGUAUGACCCAACAGUACACGAGAGUGAUGUGAAGAUAGUUGCCGCAACAGACGGUAGUGGAAGCCAGUUCUUCUUCCCUGGAUUCAUCGACACACAUAUCCACGCUUCCCAGUACCCGAACUGCGGGUUAUUUGGCAAGUCUACUCUACUUGAUUGGCUCGAGACAUACACGUUCCCACUGGAGGCAUCGUUGGCAGACCUGGAUAUUGCCAGCGACGUGUACACAUCUGUGAUAAAGAGAACACUGAGCGCAGGUACCACAACAGCUACUUAUUACACGACCAUUGACACAGAAUCAUCAAAAUUAAUGGGCACACUAUGUUCCAAGCUGGGUCAAAGAGCUCUGAUUGGUAAAGUGUGUAUGGAUCAAAAUGCCCCAGAUUACUAUAUAGAGGAUGCAAAGGACUCAAUAGAGUCCUGCAAAGAGAUGAUAUCAUUCUUUAAGAAUGACUUGAACGACCCAAGAGUGAAUGCUAUAAUAACUCCAAGAUUUGCACCCAGUUGCUCCAAGGACUUACUGGCAGCUCUUGGCGCGUUGGCAAAGGAGAAUGAACUACAUAUUCAAACACAUCUUUCUGAGAACAACAAGGAAAUUAGCUGGGUGAAGUCUCUUUUUCCCGAAUGCAAGAGCUAUACUGACGUGUAUUAUCAACAUGGCUUGCUAGGGGAGCGUACUGUGCUGGCACACUGCAUCCAUUGCUCAGAAGAUGAAGCUGAUCUGAUCAAGAAGACUAACUCUGGAGUUUCUCAUUGCCCAGUAUCCAACUCAGCUUUAGCUUCAGGCGAAUGUAGAGUAAAAUGGUGGUUACAGAAAGGUGUCUCAGUAGGGUUAGGGACCGAUGUAUCAGGUGGAUACUCAGCAGAUAUCCUAUUAUCAGCAAGACAUGCUCAUCUAGUAUCACGCCAUUUGGCUAUGAAAACCGACGAGGAAAAAGAGAAAAUAAAUGUGAUGUUAUCAGUCAAUGAAUGUUUGUAUCUAGCCACUAUGGGUGGUGCUGGCGUCUUACACAUGCAAGAUCAAAUAGGUAGUUUUGAUGUGGGUAAACAGUUUGACACCCAAUUAAUAUCACUAGACGUUCCAAAUUCAAAUGUCCAAUUAUUUUAUUGGCAAAAACUAAACGGAACCAAAGCCAUAAAAGGAAUUAGGAAUCAACCUCCGUUAUUAAACCAUGAGGAUAUAAUUGCAAAAUGGUUUUUCAAUGGUGACGACAGAAAUGUGAAAUAUACCUGGGUUAGUGGCCAAUUGGUUCAUUCGAAGGAUAUAUAG